AUGACAAGUCAUGUGAUCUGAUGCUGACAAAGUCAGCAACAACUCUGGCAAAAUAUCAGAGAGGUCUCUUUUUCUGUUUGUGGAGAGGGAUAACAGCAAAAAUUGUGAACACUUUGCUGCCAACAUGCAGAAUGUUAUCAAUUCCGUGAAAGGCACGGCGUUGGGAGUGGCCGAGUUCCUGACACCCGUUCUAAAGGAAUCAAAAUUUAAAGAAACGGGUGUAAUAACUCCAGAGGAGUUUAUUGCUGCUGGUGAUCAUUUAGUUCAUCACUGCCCGACAUGGAAAUGGGCAUCGGGAGAGGAGGCUAAAGUGAAGCCAUACUUACCAAAGGACAAACAGUUCUUACUAACCCGCAAUGUGCCCUGCUAUAAGCGGUGUAAACAGAUGGAGUACUCUGACGAGCUGGAGGCCAUUAUCGAGGAGGACGACGGGGAUGGAGGAUGGGUCGACACUUACCACAACACGGGUGUGGGCGGAAUAACAGACGCUGUCCAGGAUAUCUCCCUCGAUAAUAAAGACAGCGUGAACAUGAAUGUGAAGGUGGGCGCUCGUGGAAACGAUGGUGGGGAUGAUGACGAGGAUGAGGAUGACGAAGGAGAGGCUGCAGACAUGGAAGAAUAUGAGGAGAGUGGACUUUUGGAGAACGAUGAGGCCACCCUUGACACGACGAAAAUGGUGGAUACUACCAAGUCAAAAAUGGAGGCAGGCAGCGAAGACGCCAUUUUGCAAACUCGCACUUAUGAUCUCUACAUCACAUACGACAAAUAUUACCAGACGCCGCGAUUGUGGCUGUUUGGAUAUGACGAGGACAGACAACCCCUUACGGUGGAGCACAUGUACGAGGACAUAAGCCAGGACCACGUCAAGAAAACUGUCACCAUUGAAAACCACCCGCACCUCCCCCCUCCCGCCAUGUGCUCCGUGCACCCGUGCAGACAUGCUGAAGUGAUGAAGAAAAUCAUCGAAACAGUCGCAGAAGGAGGAGGAGAGCUGGGAGUUCACAUGUAUCUGCUGAUCUUCCUGAAGUUUGUCCAAGCCGUCAUUCCCACCAUAGAGUACGACUACACGAGGCACUUCACCAUGUAAAACCUGUAACCGCUGUACUUCCUCCUCUACUUCAUCAAUGAUGUGGGUGUGGUCUUUGUGGCAGGCUCUAACCAAUGGCGAGAGACUGAACUGGUGGGGGGUCUCGAAGAGAGUGGUUAAAUGAUAAACCUGAUAAUGUUAACCUGAAGAACGUGGUAAGCCUGCUGAAAGAUAGCCUGCAGGUUUCAUUCAGUUAAGAAAGUGAGGAUGCCAGGCUCUUCUAUUAGCAUAGCUCUAUCCUGGUUUACCAAACCACAUUCUUGGAAUAUCCCUCUAGAAUGGAUCAGUCUGGGGUGGGUGAUGGGUUAUGUGAGCCUUUUUGCAUGUGUGAUAUGGAUCUGUGUUCAUUGAUGACGUUGCUGCUCCUGUACUAAAAAAAACAAGCAAAACACCUGUACCAACAGCUAAUGCACUAUGUGGUGGUCCAUCUUGCAGUGUACUCGUCUGUAAUAAUGUACAUGUGUAUGCUGUGGGUUUGCAAAUGCCUUGCUCUGCUCUUUUAAACAAAACAACUUGCGCUCUGGUCAUGUAUCUGUCAAAACACCAUUCUCUGAUUUGUUCUCUUUUUUUUUUUUUUUUACAAAAAAUAAAGAAAAAUAAAUAAAUAAAAUAAAAUAAGUGAAAUAAAUAUUGGACUACAAAAAACUAUAUGCAUUGUAUGGAAAUUGUGAUCUAUUAUUUAUCGGACAUUCAUUACCACAAUAUUACCAACAGAUGCCAAAACUAUAACCUCUACUCACACCAAAACGGUAACGGCGUCUGUUAUGACCUAAAUCGUGUUGAGUACUUAUUAUUUUGGUAACAAAAGUGUGUGCUGUAUACAGUUUCAUUCUUACCCCCAGGCUACUUUCAUCUGCUGCAUCAUCCUAUUUGUCUUGUCAAGUAAAACUAAUCUAUUGUUUUUCAGUGUCCCAUAGUACCAUAUUGAAAACAAUUGUUUAUAAAUAAAUAAAAAAAUCUAUAUAUACAUGCAA